GCGAGGGGGCCCCGGGGCGCUCCCGGGCCCUGCGCGGCGCCUGAGGGGCCGGGGCGAAGCGCGAAGGGCGGGCGCGCCGCGCCGCCAGCUUCGGUGUGGGCCCUCUCGGCUGCCUCCUUGCGCCUUCGCUUCGGCUGAGGAGAAACGGGGAGAAAAUGGCAAAGUCCGGAGGAGGCGGCGGCGGCGGCGGUGGUGGUGGCGGCGGCGGCAGCGGGGGACUGACUUGGGUGACACUAUUUGAUAAUCAGAUCAGUGCUUCAAAAAAGGAAGACUCAGAAAGCAUUAAUAAAAAUGACACUUCAAAGAAGAUGUCUGUUGAGAGAGUUUAUCAGAAAAAGACUCAGCUUGAGCACAUCCUCCUCCGUCCAGAUACCUACAUUGGUUCAGUUGAACCAUUAACUCAGUUAAUGUGGGUUUAUGAUGAAGAUGUAGGAAUGAAUUGCAGAGAAGUUACCUUUGUUCCAGGCUUGUACAAGAUCUUUGAUGAAAUCCUUGUAAAUGCUGCUGACAAUAAGCAGAGGGACAAGAAUAUGACUUGUAUUAAAAUAUCCAUUGACCCGGAAUCAAACAUUAUCAGCAUAUGGAAUAAUGGAAAGGGUAUACCAGUUGUGGAACACAAAGUAGAAAAAGUAUAUGUACCUGCUUUAAUCUUUGGGCAGCUGCUAACAUCCAGCAACUACGAUGAUGAUGAGAAAAAAGUUACAGGUGGACGCAAUGGCUAUGGUGCAAAACUUUGUAACAUAUUUAGUACAAAGUUUACAGUUGAAACUGCUUGCAAGGAAUACAAACACAGCUUUAAGCAGACUUGGAUGAACAAUAUGAUGAAGACCUCCGAACCCAAGAUUAAGCAUUUCGAUGGUGAUGACUACACAUGCAUUACAUUCCAGCCAGAUCUAUCUAAAUUUAAAAUGGAAAAACUUGAUAAGGAUAUUGUGGCCCUCAUGACAAGAAGAGCGUAUGAUUUGGCUGGGUCAUGCAAAGGAGUCAAAGUCAUGUUGAAUGGGAAGAAAUUACCUGUAAAUGGAUUUCGCAGUUACGUAGAUCUUUACGUAAAAGACAAGCUGGAUGAAACUGGAGUUGCGCUCAAAGUUAUUCAUGAAGUCGUGAAUGAACGAUGGGACGUGUGCCUCACUUUAAGUGAAAAAGGGUUUCAGCAAAUCAGCUUUGUAAAUAGUAUAGCUACCACAAAGUUUUUCCCACUCUCCCGAUCCAUGCCUUAUGUGUGUGACUGGAUGUGGAAUGUUCGGGGCCGGUGACCCACCUCACCAGCAAUUGAUGUGCCACUACCCACUGAUGAGACAUAAUGGCUAGUAACUAACUGCGUCAACUGCCUGUCCCCUUAUCUGCUAACAGG